AUGAUGAACAUCAUAUUCCUUUAUGCUGUUCACAUUAUUAUAUCAAAACCCAAUCAACCAAACAGCCCAACAAGAAGAGUAUGCGGUGGCGCUCAGCUGUGCUAUCGUUGUACCUAUAACCAAGGUAUGCGCUUCGGCUCCCCCAUCGCAUUGGGGGCAAUUUUACUGUUCAGCCUCCUCUUAUUAACAUUUUCAAGUCAUUUCUUGUUUGAAAACAUAGAACAGACAACUAAUAAAUAUAAAAGUAAUCAAGUCAAACUUAUCAAAGACGAUGUGCAGCCCAUUACCCGGUCCAAGUACUCAGGAUUGCCAGCAUCUGAUGGCUUGUUGUUCACAGUUGAUCGACACUACGUACGUCGAAGACGAAGGAGAAGUGUCGAUAUUACUCAAGAAGAUCGUCGGCAAGAGGCUUCUGUUAAAGGAGUCGCUCGCGACUGCCACAAAGCCUGUCACCUUCGACUACGUUCAGUUGAUGGACAAUCCUAUAAAAUCCACUUACAUCGGUUCCAUCAAAUUGCUCCAUCACGCAAUAAGACUAUACCACAUAUUCAUAAUUCGGAUAUUGUACCGCUUGUUCAAUAUUUUGAAGGAGAAGAUAGUGUUAGAGCUAAACUCUCACGUGCAUCGCCGAACUGUAUCUAUAGAGCACGUGUUGUCGGAUCAUCGGAUCAGAGUAUUGUCAAUCUAUGUGACAGCGAUGAUGGAUUGUAUGGAUUACUUGCCCUUCCCAACAAGGGAGUGUACACGGUUGAACCAAUUGUCGAUGAAAACAAUGCCAGCACAACAACAAGUGGUCGACAUAAAAGCCAUGUUGCCCAUCAGAUUCGAUCACACACAUUCCAUCACCAUUUUGACGAUACCAAUUCAACGUCAACUUCAGAGAGUAUGGAACUGCCAAUUUUUGACGCGAACUCAACUUCGGAACAGCCGUUGUGGGAAGAUCUCAGUUUUCGAAGUGCAAGAUCAAGAAGAGCUGCAAACUCUUGGGAUCAUUACGUUGAGGUGUUAGUGGUGACAGAUGUAAAAAUGUAUGAAUAUCAUGGCUUUAAUUUGGAAGAUUAUGUACUGACUUUAUUUUCAACGGUUGCUUCCAUAUAUCGUCAUCAAUCGUUGCGUGCUUCUAUCAACGUGGUUGUAGUUAAAAUUAUAAUAUUAAAACAUGAAAACCAAGGACCAGUAGUGUCGUCAAAUGCGCAAGAAACUCUCCAAGGUUUCUGCAAAUGGCAAAGCUUAUAUAAUGAGCGGAAUGAUGAGAGCCCAACACAUCACGAUGUAGCAAUUCUUCUAACUAGAGGCGAUAUUUGCAGAGCCCCAGGCAAAUGUGAUACAUUAGGUCUUGCUGAAUUAGGAACUAUGUGCGAUUGGCAGAAAAGUUGUGCUAUUAUAGAAGAUAACGGAUUGAGUGCUGCAUUCACAAUUGCCCAUGAACUAGGACACAUUUUCAAUAUUCCUCAUGAUGACGAAAGAAGAUGCUCCCAAUUCAUGCAUGUCACCAAGAGCAAUUAUCAUAUUAUGGCUCCAACUCUAGAAUACAAUACUCACCCUUGGAGUUGGUCGGAAUGUAGCAGCGGAAUGUUAGAGAAAUUUUUAGAUAACAAUAGAGGCCAGAUUCAAUGUUUAUUUGAUCAACCAGUUCAAAGAAAGUAUUACGAACAGCUUUUCGAAAGUCCACCACCUGGCCAGAAGUACGAUGUCAACCAGCAAUGCAAAUUCGUGUUUGGUCCACAAUCUGGACUAUGCCCCUAUAUGCCUACUUGUCGGAGACUAUGGUGUGCAACCUAUUACGGAACCCAAAUGGGGUGCCGAACUCAACAUAUGCCCUGGGCUGAUGGUACACCGUGUGACAAAACAGAUCAACCUAAAUACUGUCACAGAGGUGAAUGUGUUGAUAUGUCACCAGACCGUCGUAGUCGGACAGAUGGAGGUUGGGGAGAGUGGCAAACAUGGGGACAAUGUAGUAGAACGUGUGGUGGAGGAAUUCAAAAAGCUUUACGUGACUGUGAUAACCCAAGACCUUCCAACGGAGGAAAGUAUUGUGUUGGUCUUCGAGAACAAUACAAGUCUUGUAAUACGCAAGAAUGUCCGUGGGACACUCCAGGAUUCAGGGAGGUUCAGUGUGCAGAGUUUAAUAAUAAGGAUGUCGGAAUACAUGGCGUGUCUUCCAGUUCGGUUUGGGUGCCAAAGUAUUCGGGAGUAGCUAGUAAUGAAAGGUGCAAGCUUUUCUGUAGAAUUAGUGGAACAGCCGCAGCGUAUUUAUUGAGAGAUAAGGUGGCUGAUGGAACUCCUUGUGAUCGUAAUGGUGAUGACAUUUGUGUGGAUGGGACAUGUAUGAAGGCCGGAUGUGACCAUAUUCUACAGUCGAAUGUAAGGCGUGAUCGAUGUGGUAUUUGUGGUGGUGAUGAUACUAGUUGUCGUGUGGUUAAGGGUACUUACAAUGAACGUGGUUCUUUUGGAUAUAACGAGGUCAUGAAAAUUCCGGCAGGUUCAGCUAACAUUGAUAUUCGUCAGCACGGGUACAAAAAUCAGAAAGAUGAUGACAAUUAUUUAUCAUUACGAGCUGCAAACGGAGAGUUCUUGUUGAACGGUCACUUCCAAGUCAGUGUUUUCCGCCAACAUAUCCCUAUUCAAGAUGUUGUUCUCGAAUACUCUGGUAGUGACAACGUUGUUGAGCGAAUCAAUGGAACUGGACCUAUAAGAUCAGAUAUCUAUGUCCAUGUAUUGUCUGUCGGUAAUCUCUACCCGCCUGACAUCAGUUACGAGUACAUGACCGCUGUUGAAACAAAGCGACGCCCACCAGUGCACGGAUUCUUCUGGAGGCAUGGUGACCGUUGGUCAGAGUGUGAUCGUACAUGCCAAGGAUCUCAACGACAAGAUAUAUAUUGUGUCGAUGCUAUGACCAAUAAGCAGAGUGGUGACAGAAAUUGUAAAACCAGGAAGCCUGAUCAUAACACUCGUAUGUGUAACAUAGACUGCACUAUCAAAUGGCACACUGAGGACAUAUCCCGGUGUUCUGCACAAUGUGGAGCAGGAGAGAAACGUUUACGUGUUCUUUGUGUGCGGCUUGACUCAAACGGUAGAUCAAAUCCUGCCAGAGAAACAGAUUGCGAUCGAAACACUAGACCCUCUGAGCGUGCUUCAUGUUAUACCGACUGCUCUGGUCGCAGAUGGGCUUACACCGAAUGGACGCCGUGCUCUGUCACUUGUGGAUCUGGAGUCUCGACUCGUAACGCUUCCUGUCUUGAUGAUCGUGGACGCCGAAUAGAUGAAACUCUCUGUGGCUUGCAAACAGAAAAACUCAUGAGGAAUUGCGUCCAACACCCUUGUCCACGCUGGGUCUAUGGUCAUUGGUCUGAAUGUUCACGCUCGUGUGAUGGUGGAGUGCGAAUGCGUCAUGCACAGUGUUUAGAUGCAGCUGAUCGUGAAACAGAUCCAAGGCGUUGUGAGCCAAAGCACGACCGAGAAAAAUGUAAUGAGCAUUUAUGUACUAAUUGGUCCUUUGGCCAAUGGACGGCCUGUUCAGUUACUUGUGGCGUUGGAAUACAAACCAGAGAAGCUAAGUGUGUUGAUCGUGAAAAUCGGUUACUGGAUAACGGGAAAUGCAACUACCGAGAGCGUAUUGUUCAAAAACCGUGUAAUCGGCCAUCUUGUCCCACAUGGAAAAUUGGAGAGUGGACUACGUGCAGUGUUUCUUGUCAAGAUGGGUGGUCAACGCGUCGUGUUACUUGUGCUGACUAUCGCGGUCAAGAUGUUCCUACUGAACAGUGUCAACAAGCUGGAGAUAGACCUUCUUCGCAUAAGCCAUGCAACCAGGGUCCUUGUCCAUUCUGGAGAUCUGGAGAUUGGUCAUCGUGUUCUGUCUCUUGUGGUAGCGGUGUUAGGCAACGAACCUCGGAGUGUGUAUACAGAGAUCAAGUUGUUGAUCAAUCGUUCUGUGGGGAAACAAAGGCGCCUGAACGAAGUCAGCAGUGCAGUUUGGUCCCAUGUAGUAAUUGGGAGAUGACGCCAUGGACUUCUUGCUCUGUAACCUGCGGGUCUGGUGUUCAAACUCGUGAAGUAUUUUGUGCUUCAGGAGCAAUGAGAGAACGUAUGCAUGAUCAAAUGUGUGACAAGAAACUCAAACCACGCAACCAGAAAGUCUGUGAAAGAGAUAGUUGCUCUUCUAAACCAGUUUAUGUUGUUGCUCCUUUAUCUGAAGUUCCAACUAUCAGAUGGGCCACUGGACCAUGGACGCCUUGCUCGACCUCUUGUGAUGCUGGCCAGCAGAAACGAUUGGUGAAAUGUAGAGAUCAAGUUAGGGAUCUACCGGAUGAGUACUGUCGACAUAUAGAAAAACCAGAUGAUCAACAGACUUGCCAACUUAAAGCUUGUGCUUAUUGGAGGAGUGGGCCAUGGCAACCUUGCUCUGCUACAUGUGGCUCUCACGUGCAACAAAGCAGAACAGUUCAAUGCGUAGCUUACAAUUCAAAGCAAAAUGUGUCUGAAACUGAUUGUGAUGUUGCCCAUCGACCGACAGCCGUCAAAUCAUGCAAGCUUGAAGCGUGUCCCCAAGGAGAGCCACCGUUAGGAAGAUGGCGAACAGGAGAUUGGGAGAAGUGUACCAAAACAUGCGGUGGAGGCUGGCGAAGACGUGCUGUAUCAUGCAGUGCAGGUGCCUGUGAUGAGACAACCAAGCCGAGAAGCUUAGAUUCUUGUAAUUCUCAUGUUUGUCCUGUCUCAAACAACACAUGGCAAAUAUCUCCAUGGACUCACUGCUCUGUUACAUGUGGUGGAGGCGUUCAGCGUCGUCGGGUAUGGUGUGAGGAUGCUACAACGUUCGUCUCGAAAGAGGAUGUAGAUUGUGGAGACAAGAAACCUAUAGAACAAAGAGAUUGUGAAUUGGCUCCUUGUCCACCUCGAUUAGAACCAGUAACACCUCUACGUCCCGAAUGGCAGACGUCGCCUUGGUCGUCGUGUUCCGUCAAAUGUGGAAGAGGAGUUCGGAGACGCUUAGUUGCUUGUGUAGACACUACAACUAACGCAGCAAUAUCUACAAGCCUAUGUGAUAAAAAGAAAAAGCCUUUGGAAGAGCACAAAUGUCGUGUUAUGCAUUGUCCUCGAUGGAGAGGAAUGCCAUGGGGGCCGUGCUCAAGUACCUGCGGAGCCGGAGUUCGUCGUAGAGAAGUGUUCUGCCAGCGCGGUCGGAGGCAACGAACCAAUGAAACCGAGUGUUCUUCUGCUACCAAACCUCCAACAGAAGCGAAGUGUUAUCAGCCUGCUUGCCCAGCAUAUAACUGGGUUACUACACCGUGGUCUAAAUGCCUUGAUCCAUGCGCCAAGAACCAACAACAUCGUCGAGUUUAUUGCAUGAGUAACGGAGGUAAACGCGCAGCUCCUCGAAUGUGCAAUACUGAGAAAACUCCACCAACUACGCGUCAAUGUGAUUUUAGUCGUUGUCCAUACGAAUGGGCUCCAGGUCCAUGGCAAACUUGUUCGAAAACUUGCGGUAAUGGAACUCAAAGUAGGAGUAUAGAAUGCUUAGUUAAAUCAUCACAAACGUCUAAUUUACUUUCUGAACAUUCAGUUCCAAAGGGGAAAUGUGAAGCUUUACCGAUGCCGAAAGACCAACAGGAUUGUAAUCUUAAUGCGUGUGAAGCUGAAUACCAAUGGCAAAUCGGGCCAUGGCAAGCGUGCUCUAAAACAUGCGGACAUGGAGUUAGAAGACGCAAAGUAAGAUGCUUCCACAGAAAUGGAACUAGGGUAGCAAAACAGAACUGUGAAGCUGUAAGCGUUCGUCCUAGACGUACACAGACAUGCUUUGAAAGAAAUUGUUUACCAUCAACAUGUCAAGAAAUUCGAAGUCAAGCCAAGACACCGUCCACUGAUGGAAAUUAUACCGUCUUACUAGAUGGAUUCCCUAUCCUCGUUUAUUGCCAUAGAAUGAACGAAACUAUCCCAGGAACUUACAUCAAUAUACAUCCAGAUUCCAAUUUCGCUGAAGUUUAUGGAAAAAGAUUGAUAUAUCCUCACACAUGUCCGUAUAACGGUGAUCGUAAUGAUUCCUGUCAGUGCUCUGAAUACGGUGAUGCGCACGCUGGCUUCACCCGUUUCUCAAAAAUCCGUGUGGAUUUAUUGAAUAGAAAAAUAAAAAUUAAUGAUUUCACAUUUGCCAAAACCAUCAAUGGUUCGCAUGUCGAGUAUGCCACUGCCGGUGACUGCUACAGUAUGAAAGAUUGUCCUCAGGGACGUUUUUCUGUGGAUUUAGUUGGUACAGGUUUAAGAAUAGUAGACGAUUUGCAGUGGGAAGACAAAGGACAUCGAACUACAUCCCGCAUUGAUCGAACCUCUAAUAAUGCACGUGUAGAAGGUCGAUGUGGUGGUUAUUGUGGUAAAUGUUCACCGGAUAAGUAUAAAGGACUUGUAUUCGAGAUUGACACGAAACAAGUUCAACCGUUUGUGUAG